GCUUGGCGGCCUCCCAGAGAAAGGAAUGAAGCGGCAGGGUGAUAUAAAAGGGCACUGCUUCCACCGACAAAGCAUCACACCUUCUUCGACUACCCAACGAGCAAGAUGAAAUCCUUUGCCAUGAUAAUGGUUUUGGCCGUGGCCGCAGCCAGCGCAGUUGAGGUCCAGAAAGAAGCCGACGAAAAGACGGUGGAGAAGCGCGGCAUCUACGGUGGAUAUGGCGGAAUUGGCGGUAUCAGCAGCUACGGUGGCGGCUACGGCGGCGGCUACGGCGGCGGCUAUGGUGGCGGCUAUGGCGGCGGCUUUGGCGGCGGCUAUGGUGGAAUCGGAGGAGGCCAUCAUGGAGGAUACGGUGGUCGCUACGGCGGCUACGGACUCAGCAACUACGGCGCUGGAUUCGGUGGACACAGGGGAGGAUACGGAGGUUACGGCCAGGGAAUCGGAGGAUACGGCCAGGGAUACGGAGGAUACGGCCAGGGAUACGGAGGAUACGGAGGAUACAGCCAAGGCUACAACCGAUUUAGCAGCGGAUUGGGUGGAAUCUUAGGCGAGUGCACGGCACACACACACACCUUCGUUGUCAGAAAUGAAGACGCAAACGAAACCACCGCAGCAAGUGAGCACGGGGAGGGGAAAGGGUUGUCCGCCAGCAGUAUAAAAGACGAGCCAUGCGCCGGUAAAAUCACAACUCGUUGCUCAUCAGACAACAAUCACACCUCAACAAUGAAGGCUCAGCUUCUUUUCGUCCUGGCCCUGGCCAUCAUCGCCACCGUCACCGCGGAGACCUCCGAGGCCUCGUCCGAAGACUCCAAGGUGGUGGAGAAGCGCGGCAUCGGCUUCGGUCUGCCCUACGGUGGCGGCUUCUACGGUGGCUAUCCCGGAUUCUACGGACGUGGCAUCUACGGACGCGGCAUCUACGGCGGAUACGGUGGACUCGGAGGCUACGGCGGAUACGGCUACGGCGGACUCGGUGGCUAUGGCGGAUACGGCUACGGUGGACUCCACCGCGGUUUCGGCUAUGGCGGAUACUUCUAAGCUGUCACUAUCAGCCAAACAAGCCCCAGAUGUACAUUACAACCCCAGAUGAACGAUUGUCAGUACCUGCUCAAGAACAAUAAAAAUUGAACCAAAUAACAACUCACUUUUCGAACUAAAA